ACUAAAUGCCGGUAAUGCGACAGUUUGUUGGUCGCUCUCGGGGGACUCGUGCGUUGUGUGGUCUGCAUUUAAAAUUGAUGUAGUCUGGUGUUUCAGAACACAAUAGGCUUUGCAGGGCAGAGGUUAGGGAAUCGAAAAUUUUAGAUGAAAGUCUGGCAGAUUGGAGAAAGAAUGCGAACUGGAUGUUUACAAUAAUGUAAUAUGAAUUAUCCAUGAAUAUAUAAUAUAAGUCAUAUUAAAAAGCUGGAAAAUUACACACCAAUAUGAUGGCCACAUGUGGAAUACCCAUUGGUAGUGCCUUGGACACAAUCGGAAAAGUAGCGAUCUUCACUUCACAAUGGUCGACUAUUCAAGCAUUCAUUCAAGCUACCAUGUGGCACAACACGGAGCCAAAGACACUGGGCGUCAGCUAUUGGGCAACUGCACUGUUAUUAAUUAGCUUGUCCCUCCCCGGACUCAUAUAUUUUUUAUUUAGUUUGAUUUUUCCUACGUCUAAGAUAUUAUCACAACGAAAUGGAUUGUUAAAAAAACUUAUUUGUUGCUUGGUGCGUGUAUCUCCUGCUACAAUGUUAACAAUAUCGUCGUCGCCAUGUUUAGACGAAUAUGCUGAUAUUCGAACUUGUGUUUUGUCAUGUGGCGUAAUUUCCAUGAGUGUUUACGUGAUUAUAAUAGCAUGGAAACAGCAAGAAAAUUUUGUGACGGAAGAUAUUUUAAUUCCAAACUCAAAUUAUUCUCCAGUUGAGAAGGAAAUGGGCUGUAUGAUCAUAUGCAGGCGAACCAAGGGACUGUUGAAAAAUCUGCUAACAACUUCAAAUAUUGGAAAUAUCGUUAUUAUUGCUGUAUUUUUGUCCAUGAGUGUGCGCUGGUGUUAUGGAUCGAUCAAUAUCUUUUAUGAGGAUUGGAAAGCUUCUUCUGUUAUGUUGAUAUGUGUUAUUUUAUACUCUAUUUCUGUAUUCGUAUUGGAGGUUACCGGUGGAAUGGAAAAACUAAUUUCAUCCAAGACUAUCGACAACAGCUCGAAAGAAUGUAACGGUAACCACGAUAAUUAUUUCAAAGCACAAGUCCAGCUUUAUAAAGCAAACGCAAAUGAUAGUGACCAAUUGGAUAAAGAUAAAUUUUCAAUAUCGACAAAACUGCAAUACGAUGAAAAAUAUCCAGAGGCACACGACGACCUAUUGAAAGACACUACUCUUUGUCAGAAUCCAAACGAUCACCAAAUACCAAGUCCAAUAAAGGAUAAUGCUAUUGUAGCGUCUGUCCCGGAUCACAAUGUUCAUAAUGCAAAUAUAUCGGUAGCAGCACAGCAGUGUUACGCAUUUUUCUACGCUAUAAUUCUUGCUGCCGCCAUAGGAUCUCUUUCGUCACUCUCGCUGUGGAUAUUAUCAUCACCCGACGUUUUGUGUCUCUGGGGGGAAAAUCCCACAUACUUAUCCGGGAAUCUCAUAUUGGCAAGCUUUGCUGUGGGCUGUCUUGCAGCCAUUCUUGUGGAUGUGGAGGCUUCAUCGAAAUUUAGAGACAAAGAGUCGGACGAAAAUUCCACUUCAAAAUUUCAGGCAACGCGACAUAGGAUCUUCCAGAUCGGAAUGCAUGGAUUCAUUAUCAUCUUACUGAUCGUUGGGACAUCUCUCAUUCUUUACACAAAAAACAGUUCGUUUUUAUUCGGUUCCUGUCUGUUAUGCCUUUCAUUUCCACUGUUAUUUCGGAUCGUUUUAUUCUCAUCUUCAAAUCUUACUUCAACGUGCAAAACAUUUCAAACUAACGGAAAAAGAAAAACAACGUCUGCUCUGCCUGGAGUCCUCGUCGGUAUGAGCGGGUUUGUUUUCUUUAUUCUUCACGUCUUGAAAAUCAUGUUCAUUAAUCCACAACUAUCAAGCAUUGUGCAUGGAAAAAUAGGACUCAUAACAUGGAUCGAAGUUAUUCUAAGCGUUCUACCAUUAAUAAUUUGCCCCAUUGUAAAGGGUAAAAUCAAUGUCGUCGACCGCUUGAGAUCUUCAUCUACCGGCCCACUUUUAUCGCCAGAUUCAAAACGAAAGCCAACGAAUAAUUUUUCUGACCAAAGCAGAAAGGAGUUUUGGGAAAUAAGAAAAUAUAAAAAAGCUAGUCAAGCACUGUUCAUAUUCAUUAUUCUUAUAUCAGCGGGAAUUUCAAAAUAUCAAUCAACCCAAUAUAAAAUUUCAUGCGACGCUUCAGCACCUGCACCUGUUUGCGAAGCAAAUAAUAAAAACAAUUUUGACCUCCGUGUCAUGACUUGGAAUAUAUUGCUUGGCAACAAAAUGAACGGUCGAAAUAAUCUCGACUCUAUCACAACAAUCAUGGAUGAAUACAACCCGAAUAUUUUGGCGUUGCAAGAAGCUAAUACGCUUCCAGCAUAUUGGGGUGGAAAGGACACUUUUGGGUAUUUGCAGCAGAAUUCAAAAUCAUGCAGACGUGCUGGAAAGAUCGUAAAUCCUAUGCAAGGUGCAUUUGAGGUUGGAAUGUUGUCUACUUUGGAAAUCAUUGACAAAUCUGCCAGUGUAUUGCCCAAUGGUGACGAACGAAAACUUCCGAGUUACACCAUGGCCAAAAUGGCGUGUAAUGUCCAAUCAUUGUGCCAAGAGUCGAAUGAUAUCGAGCUAGGAAGUGGAUUAGUGACGCGCCGUCAUAACAAAACAAUCCAUUUUUACACCUUGCAUGCAGUUUACAAAAACUGGACUUGUGAAAGAUCGUCUGAUUUAUCUCGACAACAAAUGUCGUUUUUGCACGAUGAUAUCCGAAAAUUACCAAGAGAAGAUCCCGUGAUUGUAAUGGGAGACUUUAAUAUCAAUCCGUCAGAGCCAGAGCUAGAUAUAUGGUUUGAUAACGAUUUAGGAUUCAAAAGUGUUUUGUGGCCGUCAAGAAGGACUUUGAAUGACACAUCGAAUACGAUUUGCAAAGAUAAUUGUCCGUCAAACGACAGUAAAUGUGUUUGCGAAUGCCUCGAUAAUUCUUCCGAUCCCCCUAAUUCUACGUUACUAAACCGACGGGCCGCUGUAGAUCAUAUAUUUUACAGGGGAUUGAGACUUGUCGAUGGACAAAUAUUGACUGAUAUUUAUAAAAUUCAUGGGAAUGUGUCCGAUCAUUAUCCGAUCCUUGCGGAUUUUGCUUUUAUAGAAUAAGCAGAGCUUCUUAUAAAAGUAAUUAUCAAAUUAUUUUAACUAAAUAAGAAUCACGCUUCAAUCACGCCAAAUAUUAUUCAGUUUGAAUCGAGGGAUCGUGCAAAUGCCUGCCCGACGCUGUAACUCAAAAUUACAGCCUUGUUUACUUUUCCUUUAUUGCUUUCCCACAAUCUCUCUUGAAAAUUUUUGAUUGUUAUGAUCGUUUGCAUUUAGUAGAACAUCCGAGGCGUCUCCCAUGACGACCAAAAGAUUUUCAUUUUCUAUUUAUCUCAUCAAAAUGCGACAUGAAGGGUAAAAUUUCCAUGCCCGACUUGUCAAUACCCCUUAGAAUUUUAAUGGAAUAUGUGGUAAAUACAGUCGCCUAUUAUGAUCGCAUAAAAUUUAGUUGUAAACCUGUGCCGAGAUCGUUAUGGGAUACAUCAGAUUAAAAGUGCUUUUAUUUGCACCCAAGUACUGUAUCCACAAUCUAUGUAACCGAUCGAUCACGACCACAGAUGAUUUUGCGCAAAAAAAAAUUUUUCAAUGAUGGCUCAAGUUUGACAAAAAAGCAUUUCGUGAUCAAAAUGGCCAUUAGAUUUCCGGUGAAAGUAUUUUGGCAAUAACAUAAAUUUACAUCGGAAUGUUUUCGAUCAUCAUAAGGCGGGGAAACGCUAUUUCAAAAUAAUUUUGUCCCUAAUUCUCACGAUUUUAUUGCUGUACGUAUGUCCGCACCUUGGUACAGUAUUCAAAUUACCGUGAAAUAACCUUGAAUGAGACGAUUUUUAGUACUCUAUACUGUCACCAGAAAUUAUCUACCUGUUCUUUUCUAGAAUAUUUUUCACUUAAACAAACACUAUAGAGUCUCUGCUGCUUUUAUCCGCGUCCUGUGAUGAUGAGGUCAUCGUAAACACUGGCAUAAAUAUCGCUUUACACAGCAGAUAACAUGACCGAUUCGUAAACUUUUGCAGCCUUUGAUCCUAAUAACGCGGAAAAGACCACGAACUUUGAACUUUAAUUGGCAAAUCGAAUUUCCAGAUUUUCAUAAAUAAACGAAGUUGUCACGCUGGAAUAUGAUUAGCAAAUUAAUUUCCACCUCUUUCGCCUCAAACGUUGCUCUAAAAAUUCUGCAAUGGAGCAGAAAGGGAACCUAUCUUUGUUUUUAUUGAAUCAAUGAACUUGUACUCAAAUGACCGGGACAGCCUAACCCUAAACCGCGUAGUGUUUUCGAUCAACCUCAGCACACAAUUGAUCAAAACAGUCUUUCAAAACCGAAAUAUUUUCACAACAAGGUUAUUGUUUUAAGCAAACCAAAAUGCCUAUAAUACCUAACUGCAUGCCUUUAUGCAAACAUAGAACGAAUACUGAAAUAAAGUUCAAUACUAUCACAAGUGUACGAACUCGCGUGACACGGAAAACAUUUUCUAUCCAGAGCAUGUAUAAAUGAACCUUGCUAAUCUAAACAACAAGAAGUAUUUUCUAUGAGUUUUUUUUUGUUUGAAAUCAAAUACUGGGAUGUGAACCUUGCGUUAUUGCCUGAUUGAAUUACUAUAAAUUAAUUUUAAUACAGAUUCGAUUGAAGUGAAAUCGCUGCAUCUUUGAACUGUUUUUAUUUUGUUUUCAAAAAUCAUCUCUGUAAUUU